AUGGCCGCACGAAAGAAUCUCCAGAGUGACAUGUCGUUCUCGAAGGAGGAUGACAGCAGACCCAUGGAGAAGAGUAAUAUCACUCCCGUGGUCCCCGCCCAUGUGAUAUACAAUCUCCUGGGCUUUACGCUCGCCAUGGUAGUCUGUCCCAUCGGAUCCUAUUUCCUGACGCUGAAUACGAUAUUUGGAGGCAAUUCAACAUACGCCGGAGCAACAGCCGCUAUAAUGGCGAAUGUCGUGCUGAUGGGCUAUGUGAUUGUGGCGUUUAGGGAGGAUAAGAGUGAUGCCCUUGAAGCGGCGGAGAAGGAGCGGGAGAGAAAGGGGCAGUAG